AUGGCUUCUGUCGAAGAGAUUAAGCGGGUAGCAGCAGAGAUCGUCGCGGUCGAGCCCCGCAUCGACGUACUAAUCAACAACGCUGGAGCCCACUUCGAGUCCUACUCCGAAACGCAAGACGGUCUUGAAAGCACAAUUGCUGUCAAUCAUCUGGCUUACUUUGUGCUCACUCUGAGUCUGAGGCCCUCACUCCGUCGAGGAUCACGAGUUGUGAACACAGCUAGCCACCUACACCGACAUACCAGCUUUGAGAAGGACAACAUGGAUCUGCGGGCCGGCAGACAUCACGGCUUCUGGCAUGGUUUUGACAAUUACAAUCGCUCAAAGCUUUACAACGUUCUCUUUUCGCGCCGUCUGUCUCAGCUUUGGGCCACGAGCGAGGGCAUCACUGUUAACUGUUGCCAUCCGGGCCUCAUCCGUUCGGGUUUUGGUUCGGGCCAACUCGGUCUCUUCGAGCCCAUCUUCUGGCUUAUCUUGCAAGUUCUCGGUCGUUCGGUAGAAGCUGGUGGGAGCGUUCUCACCUGGCUAGCCACAUCUCCCCAGCUUGACGGUGUCACGGGCGAAUACUACAACCGGUUCAAUCUGGAGGCGCCUAGUCGUGAUGCAACAAGCCAAGCAAAUGCCGCUCUGUUGUGGGUCAAGAGCCUGGAAUGGGCCAAGAUGCAUCCGAACAACGUUGACCGGAAAAUCCUGUAA